AUGAGGCGCUCCUGUAUUCUGGUGGAAUUGAUUGUUGUAACAUGGAUAACGUUACUGAUAGACAAUAAUUCCGGAACUGAAACGAUUCCAUUUACAAUUACCAUAAAAGGAAAAGUGGUGAAAAAAUUGAAUUACUGCAUUCAUUUUGAAGACAUAAAGUAUGGAAAUGUGGCAAAAGGUAUUUUACGGACUAGUACCUAUUUUCUGAGCGAACGUAACGGUCAAUUUAUGGUAUAUGGAAUUAGAUAUGAUAUGGAUCAUAAGAUAUAUUUAAAUAUUACUCAUCACUGUAUGCCUGAUGACAAACGAGAUAUGCAGAAACGACUAUACAAUGUUUUUUAUUUGAAAUGUUUCAUGAGGAAGGGAGACGAGACUUUAGCUGAACGAAGCUUUUGGAAACCUCAUGUAAUCAUUGUAGAUGAUAGUAUGACAAUCAUUAAGCCAUUCAAGUUCACAACAAUAUUUUUAAAAAAUUGUUUUAUGCAAGUGAAUCAUGAAAUUGAAGGUGACCCGAAAACAGUUAAUUUUGAGUUACAUAAUAUUAAUUUGGAAGCAAUCUAUUAUCAGUCCAAUGAUGUGAAAUGUGUUGAUUGGCCCUAUAAAUAUCCAGAAUUUGAUAAAACCGAUCGCAGUGAACUGUGA